AAAGAUACUGCGCGGUUGAGUUCGUUCUCCUUUUCGUUCCUUCUCCCGUUCGUUCGUUCGUUCUGCUUCGUCUUUGUUGCGCUUUUUAUCUUUGAGGUUUAUUGAAUUAAAUAAAAUUUUUAAAACAUAAAAAAUGGAGUUUGUAUCUCCGACCAAAGGAGUCACGUCGACUUUGCAGGGAACAAAUCUUGGCAGUGAAGAGAAUUCUCCCCCAGAAAAAAAAUCCAUGAUUGGGACAGACAAAGAGAAGUCAUUUGCCUCUCCAUGCAAGCAAAAUGUAAAAACCCCAGAAAAGAGGCUGGCAGCAACAAAGAGAUCUUUUGCUUCUCCAGAUGUAAAAGCCUGCUCAGUGGCCUGCGAACCUCUGCUUCAGCCUAACCCUCGGAGGUUUGUUAUUUUUCCGAUAAAACACCAGGACAUCUGGAGGUUUUACAAGAUGGCCGAAGCGUCCUUCUGGACGACGGAAGAAGUUGAUAUGUCUAAGGACAUGGCGGAUUGGAACAAGUUGAAUAAUGAUGAGAAGCAUUUUGUAAAACAUGUUUUGGCCUUCUUUGCUGCUAGUGAUGGGAUUGUAAAUGAAAAUCUGGUCAGCAGGUUCAGCAAGGAGGUGCAACUUCCCGAAGCCCGCUUUUUCUAUGGCUUCCAGAUAGCUAUUGAAAACAUUCAUUCAGAAAUGUACAGUCUCCUCAUAGAAACAUACAUACAGGAUUCAGAUGAAAAAGAUAGAUUACUAAAUGCCAUUGAAACUGUUCCAUGUGUAGCAAAGAAGGCUGCAUGGGCUCUUAAAUGGAUUGAAGAUCAUAAUUCAUCAUUUGCUCUCAGAUUGGUGGCAUUUGCAGCUGUCGAAGGAAUCUUUUUUUCAGGAUCUUUUGCAUCUAUAUUUUGGUUGAAGAAACGUGGAGUGAUGCCCGGUCUAACGUUCAGCAAUGAGCUGAUCAGUAGAGAUGAGGGCCUCCACACUGAUUUUGCCUGUUUGCUGUUUAAAUAUAUUGUGAACAAACCGGAUCAAUCGACUAUUCACCAACUCAUCAAAGAGGCUGUUGAAAUUGAAAAAGAAUUUUUAACAAAUGCCCUGCCCGUAGAUCUCAUUGGCAUGAAUUGUUUGCUAAUGUGCCAGUACAUUGAAUAUGUGGCAGAUCGGCUGCUUGUUGAGUUACAUAUGGAAAAGAUCUGGAAGUCAGAAAAUCCAUUUGAUUUCAUGGAUCAUAUAUCUUUAGAAGGUAAAACUAAUUUUUUUGAAAAAAGAGUUGGAGAGUACCAGAAAAUGGGAGUUAUGGGAACAGAAGCAAAACGUGAAUUCAAAACUGAUGCAGAUUUUUAACUUUGUCUUAUUUUUACAUAAUUUAAUAUUUAAUUAUUUAUUAUACAAAUUCGCUAAUAUAUUUUU